UGUGAAAAAUAAAGAAACUGCUCAAUCAUUUAAAUGCAAAAUUUGAAAGUCUGGUAACACCUGAAGAGUCACUAGUUAUUGACGAGUCUAUGGUUCCAUGGAGAGGGCGUUUGAUUUUUAAACAAUAUUUGCCAAAAAAGGCUCAUAAAUAUGGAGUCAAAAUUUACAAGAUUUGUACCACUGAUGGGUAUACUUUAAAAGCAAAAAUUUACGCUGGUAAGUCAGACGUAACUGCAAGAGAGGCACAUGCAGAUAAAAUUGUCAUGCAUUUGAUGGAAUCAUUUCUAAAUGAGGGUAGAUCACUGUUUGCAGAUAACUUUUACAACUCCACAAGGUUGGCCAACACUCUGCUUGAGAAGAAAACUUAUGUUUGUGGCACCCUUCGAAGUGACCGAAAAGGCAAUCCAAAAGAAGUCACUAGCAAAAAAUUAGCCAAAGGUGAAGUAAUUUGUCAAGAAAGCAGUACAGGAGUAAAAGUACUUAAAUGGCAUGACAAAAGGCCUGUACUGAUGAUAACCACUCGCCCUGAAGACGUUUCUACUCUUGUGGCAAGCAAAAAAACAACAAAGAAAGGCGAGGUUGUCAUGAAACCAUCAUGUGUCAUGGCGUACAAUGCAGCAAAAAAAGGAGUGGACUUUUCAGAUCAGAUGUCCUCUUAUUACACUCCUAUCAGAAAGACUCUCAUUUGGUACAAAAAAGUUGCACUGGAUCUUCUCCUAGGUACUUGUGUAGUGAAUGCACUAGUACUACAUAACAAGUACUCAUUAAACCAAAAAAAUUGUUGUAUGCUCACUUUCAGAGAAAAAAUACUUCGAAAUCUCCUUGAAGGAGAAAAUGUUGGAGCCCUUGUUCAAACACCCCAAGAUGGCAGGCAAGGUACCAAGAAACUAAAACAUGUGCUCUCAAAGCGUGAAGGGACUGCAAGAGAAACCAGAAAACGGUGUGUCAGCUGCUACAGCAAAAUGAAGGAAGAAAGGGGGGCCAAAGCAGCAAGGACGUACGCAAAAACGUGUUUCAACUUACUGCAAAGGGUGCGAUGA